CGUGCUGCCCCUGCGCUAUGUGCGUACUGCCUCCUGUCAUCUUGGCGCAGCUGCCUGCUUGUGGCAGGGGAGUGUUUUCUCUCAGCGCAGCCUCAGCGAGGUGAUCACGUCUGACCAUGGGCAACAGAGACGAUGAAUAUGAUUUCCUGUUUAAAGUCGUACUAAUUGGAGACUCUGGAGUGGGGAAGAGUAACCUGCUGUCCCGGUUCACAAGAAAUGAGUUCAACCUGGAGAGCAAGAGCACCAUCGGGGUGGAGUUUGCCACCCGCAGCAUCCAGGUGGACGGCAAGACGAUAAAGGCUCAGAUCUGGGACACAGCUGGACAGGAACGCUACAGAGCAAUCACCUCAGCGUAUUACCGGGGAGCAGUGGGGGCUCUUCUGGUUUACGACAUCGCCAAACACCUGACGUAUGAGAACGUGGAACGCUGGCUGAAGGAGCUGAGGGACCACGCUGACAACAACAUCGUCAUCAUGCUGGUUGGAAACAAGAGCGACCUCCGCCACCUCAGGGCCGUGCCCACUGAUGAGGCCCGAGCCUUCUCAGAAAAGAACACUCUGUCAUUCAUUGAGACAUCAGCGUUGGACUCUACAAAUGUAGAAGAAGCCUUCAAGAACAUUUUAGGAGAAAUCUAUCGCAUUGUGUCGCAGAAGCAGAUAGCGGACAGAUCUGCACAUGAUGAGUCUCCAGGCAACAAUGUGGUGGACAUUAGCGUCCCACCGACCACUGACGGGCAGAAGGGCAACAAACUCCAGUGCUGCCAGAGCCUGUGACCCUGAAUCCCACAAUCCCAUGGCACUCAUCCUCUCCUCCACAUCCACGCUGAAAUCACAUCACCUGAGCACUUUCUAUCCCGGAGCUCUGCUCGCGGCUGACUCCUUUGUCACUCUGUAUAUUUCUUUCUUCCUUUCAUUCUGUUAUGUGUCAUACUUUUGAACUCACCCAUUGCUCUUCUCUUCUGCCAUGAAAGAAAACGAGAAGCCUUUAUGUCACUUGGUCAGCUGAGCUGUUUGUGGAAUCAAUGUGAAGGUUCCUGUGGUGCAGGGAAGAGGCGCUCGUGGCCAUCUUAGAGAUUCUUGAGGUUGUUUGAACUCUACUGACUCACCGUCAUGCACAGGGAGGCUGUGACACACAUUUCAAUGGAUCCCACUAGAUGGUGCUGUGUAAAUAAACCAUAGGCAGUUACUCCUACCUGGUGAAGCAGUAUUAUGCCUUUUGACAGUGUGGUUCUUACUCUCUUCUUACAUUGGUUAAGUUGUCAUGCCAAAAACAUCCUCACAAAGUAUUUAUUGAAGAAUACUUGGCUUGAUUUGUCAUAGUUUUACUUUCAGUGUAAGAACUGUAAAACAAUUUACAAUAAAAGUACUUGAGUACAAA